UGUGUUUUAUCUUUCUUAUCAAAUAACCAUCUUUUGUUAUAUAAAUUAUAAUUAAUUCACAAGUUUUUGUUUUUUCUGUAUAGAAUCCAUAUAUAAAUAGAAUUUAUAUUUUAAUGUUAUUUUUUUAUAAUUUUAAACAUAAUUUCUUAUUUAAUAUUUUUAAAAGCCGUUAUAAUAAAUAUUUUUCAACUGCCACAUUAACAAACGAGCUAGAAUCUCUAGUAUCAAGCUGCCAUAAAUUGAUAGAGAAUCCGAAUUUGCUACCAAAACACGUUCAAAAAUUACAUAAUUUAGCAUUACAAGUCCGUUCGGGACGUGAAUUUCUAGGAAUAAGCCAAAGUGAUCUAUGUGUUAAUAACCAACCACUCCUGAAGGCUGAGAGGAUUAUUUAUACCAUAUACGACAAGAUUAACCCUGAGUUUUACUUUGUUGCAUCAAGAGAACCAGCCGCUAUAGAUUUUUACAAGCUUUACUUAAGUACAAUUAACAAAUCAAAUUCCAAAGGUCAUCGCGACUCUCUUUCUAAAUGGAUUUCUAAGUAUGAUUUUGAUUCAUUGGGUCUCUACAUUCUGGAGAGUAUUAAUACAAAUAAAAUAAGCUUUAGAAAUAUCUCAAAGGCAAGGUUAUUGUUCUGGAGAUCACACCAAUUUGUAUCUUUUAAAUGA